AUGGUCACAGUGGUCACUGUGAACGAGACUCUCUCUCCUUUCUGCUUUGAGGCGGAUGCUUUCAGUUCCAAACUGCCUGCUUCCUACUCAGCUGGAUGUGUGAUCUUAUACGGUUUCCUAGCGCUUCUGUCUCUCGUCACGGUGUGCGGAAACCUCCUAGUGAUCAUCUCUGUCAUUUACUUCAAACAGCUUCACACUCCCACCAACACUCUGAUUCUGUCUCUGGCCGUGGCCGACCUGCUGGUUGGGAUGGUCAUUUUUCCCCUCAGUUUGUGUUUCCCUCUCAGCUCAUGCAUGUACAACGUCAGUUUAUUUUGCAAGAUAAGAGACAGCUUCGACACGCUGCUCAGCAUAUGCUCCAUUAUGCAGCUGUGUUGCAUUUCAGUGGACAGGUACUACGCCGUGUGCUGGCCUCUGACCUACAGGUCUAAAAUCAACGGCCAUGUUGUUGUCGUCAUGAUCUCUGUGAGCUGGAGCGUUUCUGUUCUGAUCGCCGUUAGUGUGGUGACGACUAGAUCAAACGACGAUGAAUGCAAGGACAUGUGCUUCAUGGAUGUUGUCAUGGGAAAUUUUGUCGGGCCUAUAUUAUCAUUUUACCUUCCAGUGGUCAUAAUGCUUUGCAUCUACCUGAAGAUUUUCCUUGUCGCACAGAGACAGGCACGAAGCAUCCAGAGCAUAAAGUCUGGAGCAACUGCCAGUAAGAUGGAGAGAAAAGCCACCAAAACUCUGGUUAUUGUUCUGGGAGUUUUUCUGUUUUGUUGGUCACCUUUCUUCCUUUUCUUAACUUUUCAACCUUUAGGAAAUAAUCUGGCUCCCGUUCCUGUGAUAGAAACUGUUACCUGGCUCGGACUGUCCAACUCCACCCUGAAUCCACUCAUCUACGCUUUCUUUUACCAUUGGUUCAGGACAGCUUUUAAAAUGAUUGUUUCUGGAAAAAUCUUAAAAGGAGAUUUUGUUAACUUGAAGUUGCGAUGA